UUCUAAAUAAAAAUGGAAUGAGAAUGUCUAAUUACUGAAGAAUGAAAGGAUAAUUUUCACAUCAUAUUUUUCUUUUUCGGAACUUUUUUUUCAUUUUGGCUUUGCACUUCUUUAGGAGAACGAGAAGCAGACCUAAAAAUGAAUGAAGAAUUGAAAAACAAUUCAUGGAGAAAGUUUUGUAAUGUUGACCCUAAAGAAUCUUUCAAAAACUCUGACUUUGAAGUACCAAAAGAGAUGGAAUUUGUUGAAAAAAUCCCAGAGAAUGAAAAUGAGGCAGAUGAUGCUGGAGUCCAAGAAAACUUGUCUUAUUCUUUAUCCUUUUCGGAUUUAGACGUUGACUACGUUCCGUCCAGUUUUGAGAUCUCGAAUGAGGAUAAUUGCAAUUCCCAGGAUUCAGAUAUACCAGUUGAAAUACUUAAUUUCGACACGACCUCUGAAGCAAAGGACUUGGAAAUUAUGGAAAAAGAAAAAAAUAUGAAACCGAAAAAAAAAUAUAAAAAGAAGGCACCUGAGAGGGACAAUUGCUACUUUUGUGAGACUGAGGUUCUUAAUUUUAGUAGACACAUUGCAAGAUGUCACUCAGCUGAGAUAGAGGUGCAGCGAUUACUUGCGAAGCCUGUGAAGAGUAAGGAAAGACAAAAUCUAAUAACGAGCCUAAGAAAAAAAGGAAAUUAUUUGAGAAAUUCCGAGGUAUGUUCCAAGCCGAUGAAAAAACCACCAUGUGGAGAUACCAGUGAAUAUUUGCCUUGCCUUUACUGUCUCGGAUUUUACUCUCGUAAGCAGUUGUGGCGACACAAGAAGAGGUGCACAGAAAAUCCUCACUUGGAGAAUAACAUAAGCUCCACUUCAGCAUUAUACUUCAAAAAUCAUAAAACAGAUCCUGAUUUACGUGACAAAGUAUUUCCUAGAAUGAGACCUGAUAAAGUGUCUAUAGUUGCCCAACAAGAUGCACUUAUUUGUGCUUUUGGGUCACGUUAUUUGAGGGUUCACCGAGAGAAGCAUUUCAGAAAUGUGACUUCAAGAAAAAUGAGGGAACUCUCCCGAUUAUUAAUCGAAGCCAAGAAACUCGAUAAAUCAAUCAACACAAUGAUGGAUAUGCUCCAACCUAAAUAUUAUGACACAGUUGUAACAGCUACCAAACUUUGUGCUAAGUAUGAUAAGUCUACAGAAUGUUUUCUGUCGCCAACAUUCGCCAUGAACAUAACAACUUCAUUAAAGCAAUGUUGUGACUUGGCAAUAGUAUUCGCUCUAAAAAGAAAACAUAUUUAUGCAACGGUAUCUGCAGCAAACGCUGAAUCGGCAAUAAAAACUUUCGCACAGCUCAUUGAAGCCAACUGGAGGUAUGAUAUCUCAACCGUUGCAUCGAAUAAUCUGCACAUAAAAAGAUGGAAUAAAAUAACCAUCAUACCCUUAGCCAAAGACUUGAAACUGAUGAAAAAUUACCUGACUACUGAAGCUGAUAAAUCCAAACAAAAAUUAAGUAGUGAAAAUGAAAACAAAUCGGCAUACAAAGUUUUAACUGAAACUGUCUAUUGUAGGGUGUUAUUACUUAAUAGAAAGAGGCCAGGAGAAUUACAGAGACUAUUAAUCGAUUUAUAUAAUCAAUCAUCCAAAAGACAAAAUUAUGAAGAAUUUUCCGAUGCUAUUUCACCUACGGAAAAAAUUUCAAUGAAUCGAUUCAAGAGAAUUGUUAUAAGAGGAAAGAGAAAUCGCGGCGUUCCUGUCCUAUUCAGCACAGAAGUUCAGAAAGACAUCUCAAUAAUGAAUGAAAUAAGACACAAAUAUGUCAGAGAGGAAAACAGAUUUUUAUUCGCCCUUCCUGACAGCGAUUCACAUAUCGUGGGUUAUAAGGUUCUGGCGAAAUAUGCAAAAGCCUGUGGGGCAGAAAGACACGAUGCACUUACAUCUACGAGACUAAGGAAGCACCUAGCCACCCUAUCACAGAUAUUCAGCAUGACGGAUUCGGACUUGGAGCAAUUAUCAACAUUUAUGGGACACACUCCUGGAACCCAUAAGAAUUCUUAUAGAUUGCCUGAUGACGUUUACCAAUCAUCUAAAAUUGUGAAAAUUUUGCUCCUCAUGGAACAAGGUACAUCUGCUUCUUUCAAAGGGAAAACUCUUGAUGAAAUCGAAGUUGAUUUGGAACAGAACCUAGAAGAUGAACUAGAACCAGAUGAAGAUGCCAUUCCAAGCGAUGUGAAUGAUGAUAUUAAUAUGGACUACGAAACACUUGAAAGGAGUAGUAGGCAGAUUAACAUUGAAAGAAGAGAAGAAUCUGAGAACGAAAACCAGAAGGAUGAGGUUCUGAAAAAAAAGAAUAAGAGAAAAAACAACAAAAUUCAAAGAACGCCGUGGACAGAGGAACAGAAGAAGGUUGUUAAAGAAUUUUUCCAAACCAAUAUCCGAAAUAAAGUACCACCCAAAAGAAUCGAGUGUGAAAAACUCAUAAGCCAGAAUAAUGAAUUAUUGAAGAACAAGGACUGGCUUAAAAUUAAGGUUUUCAUACAGAAUGUAUAUACCCUUAAAUGUAAGGGUUAAAAUUGAAAAAUUGUAUCAAUUUCAAUAGUUUUUUUUUGAAUAAAGGUUCACAAAUAGACGAGGUUUCAUUUUUUCUUCUUCUUUUUCCUCAGUCAGGAUAUUG